AUGGAUUCCCCGUACAACUUCGCGCAGGACGACUAUGCUCGGGCUAUUAUGAUGCCUGCUACUGCUGCUGCUACUAUUACGACGUAUAAGUAUGAUGGCACCAUCCCCACAUCGCUGGGCAUAACCGGCCUCCCGGGCCCGACCCGCCAGAUCAGUAAUCACCAGCUCGACCCCCGGAAUCUCAACAACCCAGUUGGCAGUACAAAGGCAGCCACACCCAACAUGUCUGAGCAUUAUAACCCGCCAUUUCCAGCUUCUAUUUCAAUGGAGACCGUUGUGUUCAACCACGGCCAUGGCGGCAACCAAAAUCACAAUAACCCGUUUCUAGAUCAUGGGUUUCGAGGGAUCGGCGCCGAGAUAUCCAGAAAUUACGCCAAUAAUCUGGGGGUUUUGAAUGCGGAAACUUAUAAUGCUGAUGGUGCCUCGGAAAAAGGUCCUAGGAAGAGGAAUAAGGAAGUAUCUGCAGAACUCAAUAUGGUUUUCGGUUUGAGAGUGGACUCGGAAGAGCCUGAAUCCAAGAACGGGUACGAGGAGCCGGAAGGGACGAGGAGAAAGAAGAAACCUCGUCUCGAGAGUAAUAGCGCAGACGACGAUGAAGACGCUCGCAAGAAGGCUAGAGGCAGGCCUAGGGUUGAUACCAAGGACGAGACUGCCGCUGAUCGGCGGAGGACGCAAAUACGUCUAGCCCAGAGAGCCUACCGUCAUCGAAAGGAGACUACCAUCUCCUCUCUCGAAAAGCAAGUCCAAGAGCUUCGGGGAACAAAUGAGGAGAUGAGCAGCAUCUUCAUAACCCUUCACGACUUUGCCGUGGCCAAAGGAAUACUUCAACGAGAGCCGGACUUUGGACAGCAGCUACAGUCCACUACUGAAAGGUUCUUGGCGCUAGCGAAGGCUAGUUCUGAGUAUCUGAGCCAAGAUGAGGGACAGCCUGAAGAAAUCGAGAAGCAAGACCGUCCUAGCGAUGAGCGCGCGACUACCACGAAAAAGAAGAAGGGUGCACUAAAAUCCCCAAGGAUUCAACCAGAAGUAGCGCCCCCUAUGCCCCCCAUGUCAGCAAACCCCUUCCCUGGAAGAAUCCUCAAUGGCGAGUCUACAAAUCCAGUUGAAGAGAUCCAAACAGAUUACCACUACCCAAACUAUGGGGAUAUGACUGGCCAAGAAGAGCAUCAGAUCAUAACACGACCUACGGUACAGAAUGCCAGCUUUCCGUUUGAUUUUACGGAUUACCAACAAUAUCGAGUCGAUGCUCCUUCCGUGGAAGACUUCUCGCAAUAUUUCAGCCCAGAAUCUCAGCCAUCGCUGCCGAGAAGUUAUUCGCAUGGCGAACUCUCCUUUGCUCGCCGUCUGCAACGACAGGCUUUAGAAACAGCUAUGAAACUUGUCACUUCCCCAAACAUGCCCCAAGACAUCUAUCUGAGAAUUUUUGGGUUUGCCGCAUUAUACGAGAGUCCAGAAGCCAUUGUGCAACGACUAAAAAACUUCAUAAGGACCUCGACAAAAGACAGUCUUCAGAAUUGGCGCGCCCCUUUUGUCCACCUUGGAGGAGCUGGCACUUUUUAUCCGACGCAUGAGGGUGAUGUCAAUGAAGAACUCAUGCCGAAAAUUCGGACGGGUUUUUCUAUGGGCCCAUUUUCCCCUACAGUCGCCCAAGCUCAGGAGGUUAUACAGGAAGAUAUGCGAUUGAACUUUCCUGGCUUCGAAGGGGAGUUUUUCGACCCUAACGAUGUCGAAGGCUACCUCCGUGGACGUGGUCUCAAUAUCCCCCCAUCCGCAGAUGCUGUCACCGUCCAGAUAGACUUCUCGCUGCUAUCGGAGUCUAGUUCGACAAACUCCUCGAGUGCUGCUAGUGUAACCACAAUAGUAUCGCCCUCAACUCCCAAAAGCUCAAUUCAAGAUUUACUCGUCCAACCACAAGGCUUCGAAGAGUCUUAUAACUUCGAUCCAAACCAACUAAAUAGCGGAACAUAUUCCUUUACUUCAAUUCAGUCAAAGCCAUACCCCACUGCGAAAGAAAGUGGCAAUAUCGAACCUUCCCUUUUCACGAUGGCGGACCCAAACCCCGCAACAGACACACCUAAUACUUUCUCGGGCAAAAGGCAGUUGGAAAAGUCUACUAUUGUAAUGAAUGUCGAAACACUUCUUGAAGAAUUAAUUAGCCGCGGAGUUUGUCUUGGUCGAACACCGGGAUUUCGUCCUUCUGAUGUGAACGCGGCGAUAGUGGCCGCCGCUAAAGCUGGCUAUUCGGUUUAA